AUGACAUACGCGCAGCUGUCAGUCGAGUGCCCUGCAGGCCGGCCUCGUUGUGGAGGCGAAUGCCACUCGAUCCUCGCUGCAGGGCGGCCGAGCGGCGGAUGCAGUCGAUCGAGCUGUCAAGCUGCUGGGGUGGGCACACGAGACCCUAGACAUGACAUCGUCGACCGCAAGCGCACCGCAAGCGCAGGCGAUUACCAAUCCGUGCGUUUCACCGUUGCACACCGGCGCUUCUGGGCUUCGACUCUUGCACAUCUUGUCUUGGAACCAGCACUUGCAUUGCCCUCACCAUCUCUUGCUUCCACGAUACCAGCAUUCACCAUGACACUCAACACUCUACUCAUGCAGCGCGCUUCCAUGCUGCCGACCGUCUCUCGUCGCGCAUUCGCCGCCGCCGCGCGCGUACACAAUGCACAGCCGCAGCUCAUCCGCGAAGGACCUGCUGCGCCCAAGAACAACAAGGAGCGAUUCGACGACGGUCGUGACGAUGCGCACUAUCCCGGCGUGCAGCAGAAGAUCAAGGCGUUCAACGAGACGUACCCUAACCGACCCAAUGCGUCGCGACCUUCACCGGAGCCCGAGUCUCCAGGUGGUCACGAGGGCGCAUUUGCUGACCACCGCGGACGAGGCGAACGUACCGAGCACGAGCAGCUCAAGGGGUCGGAAGAAGCAGCCGAGACACGCACGCACAAGCGCGUUGGUCAGAUCGCCCGCAACGCCGCCCAGUCGCUGUUCGGGUCCAAGUCGUUCUCCACCUACGCCGCGCUGUCUGCCCAACCACCCGCUGCGCCUUCGCGAACCUCUUCCGCUGCGAGCGAAAAGGGAAGUGUAAGUGACCAUCCCGGGUACACGACUGCAGAUGCACCCAUCGAUUCGCGUCCCCCGUCCGAAAUGCCCAAGCCGGCCGAAGGUGCCAUGCCGUCAAGCAGCGUAUCCAACGCAAGCACCAAAGCUGCCUCCCCCCACCCGGAGGUGCAUACGAUGGCCAAGGGCGCACAAACCAGCGGUGCAGGCCAGGACGCCAUCCACCCAGAGGACAGGUCGCAGAGCACCUGGGGCGCGAACGCCCGAUCCGCCCAGUUCAACCCGGACGAGGGAAAGAGACAGCCCCUCCACCAUGGCGGCUCCCACGAAGGCGGCUUCGAGGACAACGGCAAGUCGCGCACUUGA